GGACGCCAGCGCUUCGUUCUCCGCUCGACACUCCACCGCCUUCACUCACCCCCUCCAAAACAAACCGCACAACACCGUCACCAUGAUUAUCUUCAAGGACAUCAUCACCGAUGACGAGAUCAUCUCCGACUCGUACGACCUCAAGUUGAUCGACGGCGUUGCCUACGAGGCCGACUGCAGGAAGAUCACCGUUGGUGGAGAGUCGUUCGACACUGGUGCCAACGCUUCUGCCGAGGAGGCUGAGGAGGGUGCCGAGGACAACCAGGAGCAGGUCAUUGAUGUCGUUCACUCUUUCCGUCUGAACGCAACCGGCUUCGACAAGAAGGGCUAUCUCACAUACCUCAAGGGCUACAUGAAGGCCGUCAAGGAGGCCCUCAAGGCAAAGGGUGCUGACGAGUCCGAGAUCAAGGACUUCGAGAGCAAGGCCCAGGGCUUUGCCAAGAAGAUUAUUGGAAACUUCAAGGACUACGAGUUCUACACUGGCGAGUCGAUGAACCCUGACGGCAUGAUCGUCCUCCUCAACUACCGCGAGGAUGGUGUUACCCCCUUCAUCACCGUGUGGAAGCACGGUCUUACCGAGAUGAAGGUUUAAGGGAUGGUCGAAGAUUGAACUGGGUCAUUGAGUUUAUGAAUACCAUGCAUGGUGGAUCACUACCACGUGCAAAAAGCGCCACGAAUCUAGACGACAUCUUGAUCACUA